AGUUGCUUCGCGAUUAUCGACGGAGUAGGUAGAGCCCUUUGAAUUGAAAAUAAGCGACAAACGCGCUCUUUCGCGUAGUGUUUGCGUAUUUGUUUUAAAACUUUUUGCACAAAUUUGGAUUUCUAUUUGGAAGUUUAAUAGAAACGUUAACGAGGAGAUAUCUUAAUAUCAUUACUCUUAACAGUGGAGCGGUGAAAUAAAAUGUGCCAAAUAUCUAGUGUUGGAAUUGAAAACUCAUAAAAACAGGCGUCAACAUUAAAGUGUUUUGAUUUAACAUUAUAAAGUGCCGGGUUUAUUCCUAAACACUACAUUGUGAUCAUUAAAUUUAUUGAACUGAGUGAAUUUGAAGAACUUAAAGACAAUGCUUUCGUCCCUAUCAACACUGGUGAUUCUUCAGGCUUUUCUAUUGCAAGGAUUUCUGCAGGCCAACAUCAAAGCUGAUCCCUCUACUUUACCGACAUUCCAAACGUCGAGUCAAGUGUUUAAGGUCACCGAUAAGGACACUGUUGUGUUACCCUGUGAAGUGUCCAAUGCUGGUCCCUAUAAACUAGUUUGGAAAAAAGGAAUAGCUGUUCUAUCGGCAGGGAACGUGAAAGUGACUCCCGAUACACGCGUCAAUUUGGUACACGGAUAUAGUUUGGAGAUCAAAAAUGUGGGCCCUCAAGAUGCUGGAGACUACGUAUGUCAAAUAGGUACUCUCGAACCAAGAGAAAUCACCCACACCGUUGAAAUACUCGUUCCUCCUCGAAUACACUAUGUUACUUCAAACGGUCGCGUUGAAGUGAAAAAAGGUUCUUCUGUGAAACUCGAGUGCAAAGCAUCGGGAAAUCCGCCCCCGAAAGUGACAUGGUCGCGAAAAAACAACCUUUUACCGGACGGUGUGCAGACGGCUGUGACCCCCGUUCUGAGCCUCGACAGGGUAGACCGCCAUCAAGCCGGAGUUUAUCAGUGCACCGCUAAUAAUGGAGUUGGCGAAGAUGUUUCCGAACAGAUUGUACUUCAUGUUUUAUAUCCUCCUGAAAUCUCAGUGGAGAGACCCGUUGUUCACACUGCGGAAGGUUUUGAAGCUCAACUUGUCUGCAUUGUUCAUGGAGAAAGUCAACCAGAAGUCCUAUGGUACAGAGACACGAUGCAACUAGACACAACAGAAAGAAGAAUAAUGGAGUCACGCGGCUCACGGCAUACACUCGUGAUUCGUAAAGUGCACAGAUCAGACUUCGGAAAUUACACUUGCGUGGCAGAUAAUCAACUGGGGAAAACAAGAAAAAGCGUCCAAUUAACCGGUAAACCGAAUCCAGCAAAAUUUAGUAGCGCUUCAAGAGGAUCCUGGAAGGAUAGUUAUAAUAUUAGUUGGGCAGUUGAAUCGCUAAGUCCAAUUGAAGAAUAUAAAUUGCUUUUUAGAAGAUUACCAGACUCUGGUACGUCUGAAGAUGGACAUCCUCAACCACUUCAUCAUCAGAGUCAGAGAAAAUUUGGAUUAGGAAAAGAAAAUAAGACGUACGCAUCGGUUGGUUACAGCGUAGGCUACGGUUAUGGACGACAAUUCGUGGACAGACGAACAGAUUGGAGAGAUGUUAUUCUUCCCGCUGCCCCUACUCAAUCUCCCGGAGUUCAAUCUAUGAGCUAUGUAAUUCGGGGAUUAGAAUCCGGACAAAAUUACGAAGCCAAAGUUCAGGCAAGGAACAAAUUCGGAUGGAGUCCCAUUUCUGAAGCAUUCACAUUCCAAACGACUGAUACUGAUAUGAGCUAUCCAGAUCGGCCGCAAUCUCCAAAGCACGUUUAUAAUGAACAUGACAUCCACCAGGAAAUCUUAGGAAUAUCACUCAACACGGCUACAGCUUCUUCUUGUUCAUGCGAAAUUCUUAUUCUAUCGAUGGUUUCCAUUAUGUUCUAUAAAUUUAUUUCUUAAGAUGUGUAUGUGCUCUUAGAUUACAGAAAGUUAUUAUUCGUCAAAGAAUAAGAAACAAUGAAAAGUACGACGAUAUAUCCAAUUUUUUAAUUAAUUGUAAUUGUUACAUAUACAAUGGACACCCGGUAAUCCGACAAGCGUUUUACGGGUACAGUACUUUCUAAUCUGACAAAUUACGGAUCCAAUGAUGAGAUUCUUAUUUUAGUUCUCAUUCAGUUUGUUUGUUUAUAGGAUACGAAUGUUUUGUUAGGUAUCAUACGCCAAAAAAGCCCUGUCAAACCUCUCUGUGCAGGGGACGUCAUAAGAAAGUUUGUCUCUUGUAUUAGUCAUUAAGCUUGAGCUAAGACCACUCUUGAAACUCGAUAGCUAUCCAUUGCUAGCAACAAAAUAAUGUUUUUUUAUUUUCUUUUAUAAAAAAACUUGGCGUUCAUAGCCAAUAUGAGUCCCGAAAUAGACGCAUGCCUAUUUAUUUCCUGAACAUUACAUAUACAAAGCUUUAAGACUCCUGAACAUUCAAUAUUCUUGAGUGUCUGUCUCUUGACUGGUCUACAGCCAGUCUUUGACACAUUGUAGAUCGUCCUACGCUGUAUUCACUUUCUAAACUACUGAAAUAUUCAGCCCUAUUUAAGCGAUCCAAAAUCUCACAUUUUACUUUAAUGUGUCAUAUGACAAAAUUACUAGGUGGGUGUAUGUAAUACUAGGGUGUUUGAUAAUGUUUAUUUCUGACUCUUAUCCUCUACAAUUUUUCUAUUUGAUGUAAAAAAAACUUAAGAAAUAUUAGCUCUAUAUCUCAACUUUAAGGGACCGCUUUUUUAUUUUAUUUUCUCUAUUAAUUAACAAUGAAAACAAUUUUUUUUAAUUUUGAAAUUACACACAAUUUAUGCAAUUUUUUCACUAAAAAUCCAUUCUUAUCCUAUCAAUACAUGGUCUUGAAUAAAUAAAUAAUAAAUAAUCAUGAAUGCAGUUACAUCCAAACAAUUACAAUUGCUUCUAAUCACUUAAGAAGUAAUUGCUACCUAGUAAAUCUAGAUUUAAAUUGACAUCUAAUAGUUUUGAAAUUAUUUUUAUCAAUUAAAAUUAUUAAUGUUAAUCUGAAUUGAAAUCUAAGUUUUCUACUAAUAUAUCUCAUCAAUUUUUUUCUCCAAACGUCAACGAUUUAUAUUUUAUGCUUGAUGGAACUCAAAGAAACAUUCCGGAUGGACUUGAAGAUUGCAUUUCUAACAUGAGUAAAUUGUUAAGUUUUCAACGUAAUACACAUACACUUAUAUUUGGAUUUCCUUUUCACAAUGAAAUGAUCUAACCACACCAAACUAAGCUCAUCUCUUCCUGUAUAAGCUAUGUUUGCUUCGUGAUCAUUAUUCUGAAUAAUGUACAGAACACAUUUCGUCUGGAAUUGCAGAAGGUCUUAUCUAGUUAGAACCUAAGCACCUAUACAAUACCCAUUUUUGAACCAUAAAAACAUUUAUGACCCAAAAAAAUUAAGCAAUCUUUUUUUUGGGCCUUAUUCCAAUCCUAUAUGUGGGUAUUAAUUGGCCCACCAAAUCGGUUUCUCCCUCAUUUGAAUCCAGAUUCUUUUUAGAAUAUCUAUUCGCAGAUUUUUGGGGUACUAGACACAGUUUAACAAAAUUAUAACGACAUUAUUGUCAUUUUAUCAAACCAAAUUCAAUUUCCCAUUGGAAAUCAUUUGACAUUUACUCCAUACUUUUCAAGAAAAUAAAUGUUGAUCCAGUAGAUUUCUAUAAUUUACUCAAUUUCUACAUAAUAAUCUCUAUUCUCACAAGAUUUUUUUAAAUUUAGUCAAGUUGUAUUCCCAAUAUAGGGUAAAGUAGGGUAAUACGCCCCACAAUUAAAAAAUGAUCAAUUUUUUCUUAAGAUUUAUUUCGGACAAAGUCAUAACACAUAACACUUUAUUGUAUCAUAAUAACUAGGCUUGGUAGGAAUUUAACUUUAACUAAAAAACAAUACAUUUAUAUGAAAUGCUUUAGUGGGGUUUAGUCGACAAAUUAUUAGAAAAUUCAGCAAUACAUUUCUAAUUCUUAUUUUCGGCACGUUUUUUCUUACGGCCAGAUCUGUUACACAUAUCAGCAUAUAAGGUACAGCUUCCGUGCAACCACUUACUGCAAAUUAUGCACCGAAUCCAGUCAUCCUUGGAUUUAGUUGAUAUCUUCUCUGAACGUUCGCAAUGCAUAUUCACUAAUGAAUCGGAACAGAAAGAAUAACAGACCUUCUUAUUUUUCGCAGACGAUUUCAGACCCUUCUUCCCUCGCAGUGGUCGUUAAGCUUUGAAACCAGAUGAAACAGGUAAACGCAGAUCUCGUUCCAAAACAUCAUCCAAUUUAGUUUUCUUCUUAUGAGAUAGGACUUAACUUUAUGUUCAGUUGAUUCAAGGAUUGUGGCAGACUGCUUUCCCCUAGAUGUAUUGGUCGGUAUGGUUGGAAUAGGAUUAAGCUCUCUAAUAUAUUUGGAUGGAGUGUCCUUUUCUUUUGGUUUAGAUGUUUGGUCCUUUUCUUUUGAGUCAGGUGUCGAUUUAGGUAUUGGAUCCUUUUUUUAGCAUUUAAGGUCUACUGUAUCAUCAACUCCCACUUCAGCUGCAUCAGAUAUAGCGAAGAAAUGGUCAGAAAUAAUUGAUGGAUAAUAUGGAUAUCGCAGGAUUCCAGUUGCCUUGAAUCCCGCGACACCAUUACUUACAGCAGCUGCCUUACCCUAAGCCUAUCCUAUUAGAUCAGAAACGUUGCGUCUGUUAAGCUUCCUUUCUCUAUGACUGAGCAUCCAGGCCUUUGCCUCUUGCGCAAAGUACUUUCUAAAGAGCGUUGUAUGGUUCGGGAGACAUAAAAGUACAACGUCGUUUUGCGUGGCCACAUAAUACCUUAUAAGAUAACUUUCCAAUUCAGUCAUCUAGGCUAAAAGAUAUCAGAAAAUAAUUAAUCGUUUUUCAAACAAUGCAACCAAAGAAACGAUUUUUAAGACACCGAAGCAAUAAAAACAAAAAAUUUAAGAACAUUCACAAUAGAGAAGCUCCAUUAAAAAAUCAUUGGUUGCAGCAAUUCUUGAUUCAACGAUGAUUUUUAAAAUUAUUAUGUUACUAGAAUUGUAGUUGUUCGUGGAAGAAUGCAUAAUUAAAUCAUUAAAUUAUUUUAAUGCCAAAUGAUGGAGCUCGAAGUAUGUCAGGAAAAAUAGAGGGGCAACAACAAUUCUUCAUAGCAAAUUAAACCACGAAAUUCAUUAAAUAAUUCAUUAAGAAGCUCUUUGUGUCCAAAUAUUUGCGACAAAAACUGUUCAACGUUUUCCUUUAUGUUUGAAUAAAAUAAAUACAUUCCCCAAUGAAAAAGGCAUUAAUCAUCUUGAAUUAAAGAGCAAAAAUUUAUCCUUAAGGUGGAUAUCAAAGCGAAAUUGAAUAAAUUGAAAGGAACGGGCUAUGUUUUGGUAGAAGAAUUGGUUUGUUUUGAAGAAAAAUCAAAUUUUUUGCAUAAGAUAUUAAAUUACUUAUUUUUCAAGUUUUAAAACGAUUUCACAUGCAAAUAGUAACCAAAUCUACAUUGAGCCAUUUCGAUUUGAAACUGGAUUUCCAGAAAUGCAUUUCAUCGAUUUAACAAGUAAAGCUUUGUAGACUGAAAAAUCUACACAGUCGAAAAGCAAGUUAGAAGAGUUGGAGCUCCAGAAAUGUAUGUACAUAACGCAACAAAAGUGGACAGUUGUGAGAGAAUGUCGCGAGUUGAGGCUGUAAUGACGCAUGGAAUAGUCUUCCAGAUUGCUACAUGGAGGUGAAGGAGUUGGUAUUUGAAGUGCUGACUAUCUUCGGAUCGACAUUUUUGUGCGAGCAAGCUUUCUAGUACAAACAACAAGUUAGGAGCCAAAAUUAUUCAAACUUUGUAAAACCAUACCAAGCCAACGCUUCCAUUGAAUUUGUUUGCACAAAUUUAUAUCAUAGUUUUUUUUUAUUUUAAGUUCAAGUUACAUUGUUUAGUGAAGUUUAUAUUUUCUACUUGAAUAACCAUACAAAGCAAUAAUCGCUCCCAUUGAACUUGUUUGUCCAAUUGUUUAUUGUUGAAGUUCAAGCUUGAGUUGUGAGUAAAUGUUCAGUUAUUCUAUUUAUUUAACUCAAAUGAUGGAUAAAUAUUCAAUAAUUCCAUAUAAAAAUACUUCACUCAUGCGAGUACUAUUUAUUAUUAGCAGCAAAAAAAUUUGUGGCUUUUUGAAAGUUUGAAAUUUUAUAAAUUUUUGUAAAUUUUGACCCUCCUGACUCAAAAGAUUGCGAACUUUGGUAUAAACUGUUUCUUUCAUACUUGACCUAGGGAACACCUUUACCAUAACCUAGAAUUGAAAACUUCCUCUACAACGAAUGAAUUGUUGUUUGGCAUUUUCGUUGUGUUUAUGAGUUUAAUGUCCUAGUAUCCAAGCAACUGUCACUUUGUUGUGGUCCCUCAGCAUAUUUAAGCACUGACACAAUCUCAUAGCAGCUUCGAGUUAACAUGUAAAGAAUUGACUGCUCCAAUGUAGAAGGAAUGGGUGAUUACAAAACAAGUUGGAAGGAAAGUUUUAGUUUUGGUUUAUUUUAAAGGAAAAUUAAAUCUUUUCGCAAGAGAUAUUUAGAGCAUUAAAUUACUUAUUUCUCAAUUUUCUAAGCAAAUUCCCGAUAAAAUCAAAUCAAAUAAUAACAAAAAGUAAAGCUUUGUGGAGUGGAAAAUUUACAUAAAUUUUAGAUUCUAUAUCAAAAAUUUUCGUUCAAAUAUUUAUGAAGAAUAUUACAUUAUUAUUUUUCAAUAAUUAUUUCUCAUACCAAACUAAGAACAAUAAUUAUAAUCUAUACUAGACCGAAGAAAUCGAAUUUUUUUUUUAAAUGAAGCUUCCUUCAUUAACAUUACAAAUAUUGUUUCAACAAUACAAAUCAUUCCGUCUCCGCUACAAAAGAUAUAUAAUUUUAAUGAUAUAAAAAUUGUGAAAGAAAAAUCAAUAAUUGUUCGUAAAAACUGGAGAUUUCCUAUUUUAUGUAUGCAUUUACGUCCCUUCAUUAUUUUUAUGAAAAUAAACGAAACAACUGUAAAAUAAAUAUAUGAUGAUUAAGCAAAAUGAAACUAUCCACCUUAGGGCAUUGGCGUUGGUAGAUUAUCUGGUGAGACUUCCAUAUCAUGCCGGCGUGGAUGUGGAUAUGUAGGUUGGGUGCAGGUGAAGACUCAAAAUAUACAACCAUUCAUUGCGGAAAUGGAAAGAAGUGGAUUUGUGAAAAAGUGAAUCUACGCUGUAAUUGGUAAAAAAAAACCUAAACUAACUUAAAAAAUGGUUUCUUGUUAUUCACAAUCUCACAAUGUAUACAAAUCUAUAAUCUCACAAGUCUUGUAACUUGGAAUCUAUUUAAUUUUUCGUGCCCCAACGUCUCCUAUGGAAGUAUUCACACAUUGGUUGUCGUAAAGCUUCAAUUAUUUGAUUGUUUAUGUAAUGUCAAGUACCCUUUAUCAAUUUGGCUAUGUAUGUGUUAGGCUAUAUUACAUGAUCAAUAUAAUUUUAUUCAUUUUUUGGUUUUUGCGAGCUAAGAACACUUAUUUGUAUUAUAUGGUAUUGUUCACGGGUGUGAUAAGUCCAGAGUACAUUAUAAUGGUCAAAAAAUGACAUUGGCAUAGUUCCGCCUCCAGUUGUUUUCGCAAUUUUAUAUUCCAUAUUUAGAGCACCCACCCCCACCCCAUACCAAACCUUACUAGCAUCUAUCACCGUUGUGAUACGGAAGUCUAGCCGAUUAUCAAAAUAAAUAUCUUUAAAUUUAAUGAAGACUUUGUAUUGUCAGUAGUUGAAACAACAAAACAGUACAAGAAAAGAAAUUAUUAUUAAAUUAAAUAUCUCGCCGUUUUUUUGUCAUUUUUAAUUAUAAAAAUCUUCAUAUUUCCUUUGUAUUUGAUUUUUUUCAAGAAUAUAUACAUUUUGAAAUCAAAUGUACCUAUGUUUUUGUGGUACUUCAUUAUUUGUUAAUGUUGUUUUAUAUCGUAAUGAUGACAUUUCCAUCUAUUUUUCGAAUCUUGUGAUAGUUUUCAUAUGUCAGCAGUAUCCCAAUUCUUACAAAAGAAUUCGACUAAAUUCAAAUUGUCAAUUGCUUCUUUUCUCUGUAAUGGAAUUCAAAUAUUAGCUAUUAAAUAGUAUGUAAAGAUCUUAAUUAAAAUCACAACAAGUUUAACAAAUUUAACAAAGAUCAAAAUUGAACAGAGUUUAAAUUGAAUUUUCUCAUAAAAAAACAUGUUAUUCAUUAAAAUAAUUAAUAACAUAUACUCAAUAGAUCUUAGGGUCAUUUUUUUCAUGGUACUUUCUGUCUUGUCGGUUGAUAGAAAUUAAUGAAAUUCAUUACAAAAUUCACUUUAAUUAUUAAUUCUUUUAUUAAACUUUUCUACUCUUCGACGAAUAAGAACUUUCUAAUUUAUAUUUCAAAAGUAUAUAUAUUUUCCAUAUGAGAUUAAAAAAACAAGUAAAAUUCACUGAUAGGAUGCACACACCAAUCUAUUACGUUACACACCUUUGUAUAAGCGUAAAAAUACAAUAUAUGUGAAUAUAAUAAUUAUUGCUAUGCAUCUGGAGCUAUAUGUGCACUUUUUUACUUAUAGGGUAGUUUAUAUUUAAUUUUGUAUCUUUUUUUAUGCUGGUAUAAGCUAGUAUUAGCAUUUCUUAUCAUUACUGUUCGCGUAUAUAAAAUAUUUUUGACAUUGAUAUCUUUUAUAUCUCCCCGUAGAAAUGUAAUUAAAAUAUUCGAAAAAUUACCAAACGAUGGGUUGAAAAAAUAAUCAAUAGAUUUGAGACCUACAAAAUUAUUUCACAAAUUUAUAAGCAGAAAACCAUAUUUGUUUCAUGUAUGUAAAUGAAUCUUGUACACAUAAAAAAUUACUUAAAAUAAUAUUUCAAUUUAAAACUGUCAUAUAUAUCUUACCUUUUUCGAGUUAUUUCACGUUUUUUCUCUUUCUUUCAUCAACCUCCAAAUGAUUUAGAAAUGUCUUUUCAAAAACCCAGGUAAUUUUUUUUAAUUAUUUUCUUGUGAUCACUGUUUAUUGAACAAGAAUUUAUUUUGCAGCAAUGUUCAAUCAAACUUUAAUAAUACCCUGCUAUUAUGGGAAGUUUCUUCUAAGUCGCUUUUUUCUUCAGUUUUCUGCUGUUCAUAUCCGUUAAAUUUAGUUGUAUAUUGUAUACAUACCUUCAUAUAUCGUGAAUAUUUAAAACUGUUCGAUUCAUUUCAAUCAAAUUUACAAAAAUCAAUUGAGAAAAUAUUCUGAUAUUUUCUGACACCACCCAAUGCGUUAUGAAACAAUUAUGACUCUCAAAUAUUAAAGUUUUGAUAAGAAAUGUUAGGAAACAACGUAAAUUUUUUUUAAUAUAGUCCUAUGAUUUGUGUUUUACAUUUACUGCAAACAGUUUCUGGUGUUCCUUUUUAAAAAUAAAAUUUGAUGUGUUUCUCGUUCAACAGUUAACUCUCUUUUUUCAAAAAUAUCGCUCAGUUACUGGAAUAAUAAUGUAAAUUUUUUAUGAUUGUAGAAAAUAUUUAUAUUUGAUAAUUUAACCAUCAAAUUCGAAUGUUAUAUUGGAAUAUAACUUAGUUUAUCAAAAGAAACUUUAGUACUAGUCCAGUAAUUACCACGUAAAAACUUGUUUUUUUGGCAUCCUACAAUAUUCUAAAAAUUCACAUAUAAUUUGAUGGUCGUGAGUUUUAAAGUCAGUGAUCAAUGGUCACAAAAAUCGAUUUUUUUUACAUUUUUUGCAAAUAUCUUGUCUUCUAUGAGUUUUAUGCUGUUUGUAUUCAUUAAUAAUAUUAUAGAGAAUUCAAUUCAAACUUUUGUAUUCAACAUUUUUUUAUACCAUGAACUAUUUUCCAGAUAUAGGGGGCAGAGCACGCGGUCAGAGAAUUACCUAAGUAGUUCCGAUGAAAAACUAAUAUUUAUGUUAUAUUUAAUUGCUAAAUAUAUAAUUAUCAUUUUUUGUCAACUUUCAGAUUCAAUCUUUCUUUCAAAUAAUUCUAAAAUUUAUCAAUUCAUACUCAUAAUCUCUUUCGGUAAUUGAAAAAUUACUAAGGGAUAUACUUGAAUUACAUUGUAAUUAUAUUCUCAUUUACACUAAUAGCAUUUGAAGUAGAAAAUAAUUAAGUACAUCUUAUUUAAAAUCAGUAAACUUGCUGCAGCAUUUGAAGAAGAAAACUGUCCGGUUCUGAGAUUAUUAGCAGUUUAUAAUGCUUCGAAAUCUGGGAAUAGUAUCGAUGAUCUCCGUCAUGCACUAUACGUCAAGUCAUCAAAAUCGAAUAAACCUGUCCAGUUAUCAAAUAUUCCACCAACGAGUGGAGCAGCUUACCAAUAUUUCAAUCGAUUUUAUUAUCAAAUUCAAACUUAUUGAGGUCAUGAUUCAGAACCCCAGAAAUGGGUUUAGACAAUUGCGUAACGAAUUCUUGGAACCUAUCAUGACUAUUUUAUCACCUACGCCAGAUGAUUAACUCAAUGCAAUAUUCUGUAACUGCAAAAGUGGCUGAGGCUCAAGAUGUGGAUGCAGAAGAGCGGGGUUACAGUGCUCUUCAGCUUGCGGUCAGUUUAAGGGAAGUUCGUCUCAAUGCUAUAUCAUAUCAGACCGAUAUUAAUGAUGAUAGAAUCUUUGACCCAGAAAUUAUGAAUGAAUUGGAGACAAACUUCGUUGAAAAAGUAGAAGAGAAACUUGAAAUUCUGCGGCAGAGGGACGAUGACUACUAUGUUGAAGAAGAUCGAGAAGAAGAAGAAGAGAAUUGAAAUCAGAACUUAUUCUCGAAAUGUUUAUUAAUUUUGACAAUAAUAAUUCUAUAAAUCUUAUUAUCACAUGUUUUUGAUCGAGAUUACAAGUUGAUCUCAGCUAAUUAUCUGAAGACGCGCUCUAUGCCCUCUAUCUCGAAAACAUUUCAAGGUAUAACAAAAUGUUGGAUACAAAAGUUGUAGUAAUUCUCUACGAUAUUGAUAAUAGCGUAAAACCCAUAGAAAACGAGAUAUUUGCAAAAAAUGUAAGAAAAAUCGAUUUUUGUGACCUUCGACCCCCGACUUUAUAUGUGAAUUUUGAUAAUAGUUUUAGGAUGCAAAAAUACAAGUUUUGACGUGCUAGUAUACUGGGCAUUGAGUUAUUGAGAGCAUGAAUUGCGUGAUAAAGUUGGGUUUAAUGCCGUUCUGAAUGAAAAUAGAUUUGUUUUUCAUAUAAAUAACGUAAAGAUACUUUUCUGGACGAUAUAUACUUUUCUAAUUUAAGGUAUAUUGAUUUAUGGCGAAUAGAAAAAGUAGUCAAAA